UAUGCUGAUGUUUUGUCCUCUAUUCUGGUCUUUAUUUCAGUCUCUAAGGUCAAACUAUCCUGUUCAGGUCACAGAUUCACAAGACCCGGUGACCCUUCAGCUCAGCUCUGUUCCUCCUGGUUUUUUGUCGUCUGCGGUGGGCAGGAUACGACAGCCUGUGGAAAAUGACGAUAGUGAAUGUAUUACAUCAGCGUCUGUUUCAUCAGACUUCAGUAAAGAACUCAAGCCCUGUAAGGAGUGUUUGUUUUCUGCUCCUCCACCCAAAAUCAGCGACCUGAUGAAUGACGAAGACCUUCUGUACAGCCUGCGGCUCAAGCUGGACCCGACUCACUGCACGGUCAAAAACUGGAAGAACUUUGCGAGCCGCUGGGGAAUGAGCUACGAUGAGCUGAUGCUUCUAGAGCAGCGCAAACACGGUGCCACUUACAACAGUCCUACUCAAGAGUUUCUCCUGCGCUACAACCAGAAACCUGUCACAGAGCUCACCGAACUCUGCCAACUUUACCAGCGCAUCGACGUGCUGCGGUUGCUCCAGCGCUGGAUGGAGAACGACUGGCCAUCACGAUGGCAGAAGGCCCAUUAGCUGCCACUUGACUAAAACUGGACCUCAAUGGAUGAAAUUCAGAACUGCAGGGAUGGACCGCAGGUCAGAAACACACACACACUACUGAACAGCAGUGGUGGAAAGACAGUGUUUACAAAGUUGUACACUGGACUUAGUUCUUUUUUGAUAGCUCUUGGCUGAUUAAAGCUUUCCAAAUGUCACAUGUUUGUGGCAGGCAGUAGAUAUGCGACGGAAGGGUGAUCGUCAAAUAUACGAAGUGGCGCCCCAGCACUUCAAGAGGAAACUGAAAUGCCACUCAGGUGUGACUGCACCAUUAGAUCAUGUCUGGAAAUUCUCUGUCGUUCCGGACAUACCGCGUUUAAUUUAUUUACUGCUGAUGGUCUUAUGAAGAGUCCUUCUAUUAGUAACAUUCUUGAUGAGUAUGAGUCACUGUGCUUAUUAUCAAAAUGAGUUUUAAGAUGUUUAGAAGUCAGACUGGCUGAAUCUUUAUUUCAGUUGGGGUUCAGCUUCCUGUAUUUUCUAAUUGCAACAAAUGCUGCAGUUCAUGAUAUUCAUAAUAUCCCAUGAAAAUAUGAGAUUAGAGCUUGUUGGUAAUUUUGGUUUAUUUAAUGGUUAGGGCCAAAUUGUGUAAAAACUAUAUUAAAAGUCAUCAAAAAUACAACAUAAAAGAAAAGGCUUAUUUUGGUCAAACUAACAAUA